AUGCAGUGUCCGAGCACCAUAACGGAAGAUACUAAACUAUGCAGCCAAUGUUUUAUUCAGCAGCUUGUCAGAGCAUUUGCAGACACGGCUGUCAGCGAUGCUGGCACAUUGGAUACGAAAAAGUGUAGCAACGCGCGCAAAGGCUGCUGCGAUAAUUUACAUAUAAUCUUCGAUGAGGUAACCGCGAAAUGUGUGCUGCUACACAAGGACAAAAUUCCGGCGGAGGACGAGAAAAGCCCCACUAAAUUGAUUGGCUUUUUAUCAUGUUUAGUCGAGUGCAUUUAUAAAAGCCGCAAUUAUUUGACCAAAGACGGCGAGGAUAUUAAUAUGCAAGCAGUGAAGAACAAUGUCGCCAUUACUUAUGCGGAUCGUCCCAAGGAGCAGCAAUAUUAUAUUGAAAUGUACGAUUAUUGUCGUAAAGAUGCUGCAAAGAUUUAUGGACAACUGAAGGGUAAUCCCGGCAGUAAGCUUCUCUUUAAGAAAGCUUGCAAACCUUAUUACACUUUCGUCUAUUUGUGCCAAGCUGAGUAUCAUAAGAAGACAGCGUGCCCGUACUUUAUGUGGGAAGAUGACGAAAAAACACCAGCCAAGCAACGAUGUAAAUCAGCAAAAGAACAAUGUUAUAAGAUCGAUGGUUUAACAGCACCUCAGGAAUAUAACUUCCACUCUUAA